CGACAACACAAUUUUCCACAUAAUAUUCGGAAUAAUAAAACUUGGUGAUUUUUCAUUGUACAUUUUACACACCAUGCUUUUCCCGUUUUCCGCUCCAAAAGCGGCUCAGGAAAAGUCCGUGGAUAUUUCUGGAAUGCGCUGCGGAUUCAAUUUUGUCAAUUGCAGGCGAAAUGCUGAGCUAUUGGCCCAGGGCUAUGAGCCACCGAAAGCGAUUCGCACGGGCACCUCCAUUGUGGGGAUUAUCUAUAAGGAUGGCGUUAUCCUGGGCGCCGACACUCGCGCCACCGAAGGACCCAUUGUUUCCGACAAGAACUGCUCGAAAAUUCACCACCUCCAGAAUCACAUUUAUUGCUGUGGAGCCGGAACCGCUGCCGACACUGAAAUGAUGACCCUGAUGACCUCCUCGGAGCUUGAUAUGCACCAGCUGAACACCGGGCGGCAGGUGCCGGUGGUCUGUGCCAGCAUGCUGCUCCGCCGGACCCUCUUCCGCUACCAGGGACACAUCGGGGCCGCCCUGGUGAUGGGCGGCGUGGACAGGACGGGUCCGCAGAUCUACUGCAUCUAUCCGUGCGGAUCCAACGACAAGAUACCCUAUGCGGCCAUGGGCUCGGGUACCCUGGCGGCGAUGUCCGUGCUGGAGCACGGCUGGCGACCCGACUUGGACCGGGAGCAGGGCAAGCAGCUGGUCCGCGAGGCCAUCUCGGCGGGGGUGUUCAACGAUCUGGGCUCCGGCUCGAAUAUCGAUCUCUGCGUGAUCACCAGAAAAGGGGCGGAGUACCUGAGGACGGACACGAUUGCCAGCGAGAAGGGCGAGAGGUUGGGAAAAUACGGCAUAAGACCCAACACCACAAUGGUGACCUCCACGUCGGUGCUGAGUCUACUGGUCACCGAUGAGCGAACCUACGGCGUGGGUUCGUUUCCCUCGCAAUUCUCGGUGGUGGCGGAUCAGGAUCAGCAGCCGGGCACCAGUGGCGUCCAGGGUGGUAAUCCCAGCAAGGAGGAGGAGGAGGAGGACCUGCCCGGUGGAUCCCAGAAAAAAUCACUGUAACCCCGUAUUUCCCAUUUCCAUUUGAAUUCUAGCAAAUUAACCGUUAACAAGCCACUUGAC